UUGUUUUGUGAAAUGGGUUGCACGUCGUGCGGGUGUGAUGCCGUUGGAUGAACUCCUGGAAGAACACAGGAAAGGGGAAUUGCCAAUUCUCCUUCAGGAGCUGGGCACAGCAGAAGACUCAAGCUGAGAUUCUCCUUUCUGGACACCUUCAUAAUGUUCGUAGUAUUGUGCUUGGGACUGGAAGUAUCUCAGGCGCACCCAGGUAAGCAAUAGGACACAGCGAGGAACAGGCCCCAUCCCCCAGGGCCCAAUGGCGCUCUCCCCACCCUCUCUGUAUCCCCCGAACUCACUGUACUCGGGACUCCCUCUCAUUGUCUCUGCUCAAACCCCACAGGGCCUCCCUGUUCCGACUGGGCCUGUUCUCACCUCCGGCCUUUGCACUGGCUCAUCCUCUUACCUCAUCAAAACCUUUGCUCAACAUCCCCUUCUCGGGGCAGUUGACGGGGACCAUCCUGUUAAAAUUGGACCCCAUCUUGCUCCCACUUCUCCUGAGUCCCCCUUCCUUUUUCAGUUUUUUUCUUCUUCUGACAUGUUUUACCAUCAAAUAGAUAAUCCACUCUCUCCCCAAGUUUAUGGUCGAUCUCUCCCACUGGAAUGGGAGCUUAAGAAAACAUCCACCUUUGUAUGUUUUAUUUCCUGAUGUAUGUCAAGUUUGUGGAACGGGUAUUCAGUUAGUACUUGUUGAAUGAAGAAAAAGAAACAGAGUCCAGAGUGAGGCAGGCCCUUCCAGAGCAUUGGUUUUGAGGUCUGGUUUCUGUUUUGCUUCUCUUGUUCUGCCUGCCCACCAUGGAGGGGCCCUCUCAGCUUCCGGCACACCCAGCUCCCCUUCCUGCUAGUUAGGGUUAGUGUGUGUGUCUGUGGCCACAAGAGUAAAAGGCUGGGGCAAGUUGGUUCUGCAGAAAAUCGGUUGAUGGGGUGUCUCCCCAGCCCACCCCGGGACUUGCUUCAGCCUUGCAGCUCUGUCCUCCGGGUGCAGGAACAAGGGCCUCUUCUCAGACUGGUGCUCCCGGGGCAGGUCCUGCUCCCUCUAUCCAUCCUUACGCUCCCCACGUAGAGUGCGAUUCUGUCCUCCAUGUCCUCCUGCUAUGAGGUGUGCGUGUGUGCGUGGGUGCGUGAGAGAAAGAAUGAGUGAGCGAGCAGAAGGACCCUCCCCAUUCUCUCUUGUUCUGUGUGGCUCUUUUCUUAUGCCCCCUCCCCAAGCCGAGUUCUGGAAGACCAUUCCUUGUUCUUGUCUUUGUACACAGAGAUUCUCUGUAACGAGAGCUUCACUCCGAGGACUGGAUUGCUGGAGGCUUAGGCAUCAUGAGAGUCGGGACUGUAGGGAGGGGCUUUCCCCCUGGGUCCCUUUUUCAUCCUGCCCCUCCGGGGUGUGACAUCGGGCUGAGCUGCUCUGGCUGAAAGCUUGGUUUGGCAGAGGAUCUCAGGAACUGGGCAAUCUCUCUCGGACUCAGUAGCUCUCCUGGCACCCCCACUUCUAUUCUCUCUGCCAUGUCCUGUCAUCUUCCUGGCCCCACCUCAGGUCCCACCUCCUUUGUGAUGUUCCACCUGCCAUGAGCGGCCUCCCUCAGAAAGCCAAGAACAUUCCCUUCACCUGACUGGUCGUCUUUCCUUCUUUUGCCUGGAUCUUUCCUGCCUCGGUCUGGUGUCCCCAGGAGACCAGGUUCUUCAGGGCAAGUUCCGUCCAGCUCUAGUGUGCUUGGCAUCUAGAUUAGGGCCUUGUUCUGGUGGGACCUAAGCACUUGCCCGUGAGUGAAGGCACCUCCUUGGGGACAGCUCCUGGGCAUGGCACACAGUGGAGGGGUCAAUCAGUAUUUGUGGACUAGAUGAAGACACUCUCCAGAUACUGGCCCUUCCUUCCUGUGUCUAGUCUUUUUAACUGCAACAAUGUUUCCUGCGGACCUAGUAUGUGUUGGUUGCCAUGAAGGCUAUGGAAGUUGAUAAGGCAUGCUUUCUGCACCAAGGGGCUGUACCAGCCCCAGUGACUCGACUCUGAGAAUGCAGGAAACGCAGUAACAGGAAAGGCUGGAAGGGUUCACUCCACACGGGCUCACCCUGGAAAGAUCAGCCAGGCAUCCUCGUGGACUCAUGGAGGGAAACGUGUAAUCCGCUGGGAGGAUGGGUCCGUUGACUUUAUGGGACACGGGACCCUUGGUGUCUCAGGAAUGUGUAUCUGCCCAAGCCCCCACUUGCCCAUGGGGGAUAAUGACGGCAGUGGACUCACAGGGUAGGAGGGGAAUUAGGGGCUGAAGAGCCGUGUCUAGGCCUGUGGGGUGGAAAAGGCAGCAAGGGGCAGGUUUACUGUGAUACGGGGUCUCCUCCACAUGCUUAUUAAAGGAGACAAGUUUCAGCUUUCCUUCUCGGUCUGCCUAGCGGGAGAUUCCCACGCUCAUAAAUGGCAUUAAUAACUUUCUCCCGCCUUUUAUGUUGUUGGGAGGCCUGUCAUCCACCCCAUAAAAGGCAGGGGCAUUGACAGGUCUCUAGCGUGAGACCUGAGCGCUUCCAUCCUCUCCGCCUUCCCUGCACUGCCCUGCACGGCGGAGGCAUGGCGAGCCGUUCCUACCGUCUCGGCUCCGGCUCCGGGGUCAGGAACUUCAGCUCCUGUUCUGCGGUUGUGUCCAAGCCCUCAGCCCGUAGCUGUGUGGGUGUCCUGGCCUCCCUCAGGGGCAGUCCCGGGGGGCCCAGCUACAGGCGCCUGGGGGGCUUCGGCAGCCGAAGCCUGUGUGCCAUGGGGUCCCCGAGGACAGCGGUGAGCUGUGGAUGGCCCUUGCGCAGCGGGAGCAGCUUGGGCUACCGGGUGGGGGGCCUCUUCGGGCCCAGCCUGCCCUGCAUCACCAGCGUGUCUGUCAACGAGAGCCUCCUCACGCCUCUCAACCUGGAGAUCGACCCCAACGCACAGUGCGUGAAGCACGAGGAGAAGGAGCAGAUCAAGAAUCUUAACAACAAGUUUGCUGCGUUCAUCGACAAGGUGCGCUUCCUGGAGCAGCAGAACAAGCUGCUGGAGACCAAGUGGCAGUUCUACCAGGACCGCAAGUGUUGUGAGAGCAACCUGGAGCCCCUGUUCGAGGGCUACAUUGAGACUCUGAGGCGGGAGGCUGAGUGCGUGGAGGCCGACAGCGGGAGGCUGGCCUCGGAGCUCAACCACGUGCAGGAGGUGAUGGAGGGCUACAAGAAGAAGUAUGAAGAGGAGGUGGCUCUCAGGACCACAGCCGAGAAUGAGUUUGUGGUGCUGAAGAAGGACAUAGACUGUGCCUACCUGCGCAAGGCUGACCUGGAGGCCAACGUGGAGGCGCUGAGAGAGGAGAUGGGUUUCUUGCAGGCCCUCUAUGAGGAGGAAAUCUACCUUCUUCAGUCACAAAUCUCGGACACCUCGGUGGUGGUCAAGAUGGACAACAGCCGGGAGCUCAACAUGGACUCGGUUGUGGCCGAGAUCAAGGCUCAGUAUGACGAUGUUGCCAGCCGCAGCCGGGCCGAGGCUGAGUCCUGGUACCAAACCAAGUGUGAGGAGAUGAAAGCCACCGUGAGCCAGCAGGGCGAGAACCUCCGCAGAACCAAGGAUGAGCUCAACGAGCUGAACCGCCUGAUGCAGAGGCUCACAGCGGAGGUGGAGAAUGCCAAGCAGCAGCGCUGCAAGCUCGAGGGCUCUGUGGUGGAGGCGGAGCAGCAGGGCGAGGCGGCCCUCAGAGAUGCCAAGUGCAAGCUGGUAGGGCUGGAGGAGGCCCUGCAGAAGGCCAAGCAGGACAUGGCCUGCCUGCUCAAGGAGUACCAGGAAGUGAUGAACUCCAAGCUGGGCCUGGACGUGGAGAUCGCCACUUACCGCAAGCUGCUGGAGGGCGAGGAGAGCCGCUUGUGUGAAGGCGUGGGCUCUGUCAAUAUCUGUGUGAGCCGUUCCCAGGGCGGCAUGGUCUGUGGGGACCUCAGUGCCACUGUCCCUCGUGGUCCCACCAGCAGUGCCCUCCUCUGUUCCCCUUCUGUAGUGGGGACCUGUUCCAGUGUCAGAUCGGUGCGGUUUGCAUAACAGGCGUAGGUCUGUUGGGCGCAGGGGUGGGAACAGGAGGGAAAAUCUUUGCUCUCUCAGAUCCUAGUGUCAGUGUAGGAGUUUCCCCUGGCUGCAAACCCAGACUAACUCUCCAGUUUCCUCCUUACUGCGGUUAUGACUUACCCUUCAAGGGCAAACCCUGGGGAUGGCAGGACUGCCACCUCCUUUGAGUGUCUCUUGCCGGUGGUCCAGCUUUUUGAUAGAAGCUGCUCAGCCACUUUCUUCCCCAACUAGCUUCAGGUUAGCAGACAUUUACUAAACACUGACCAUGUGCCAGGCCCUCUGGGAAAGGACCUGGGUCAGGGAAUGGGGAUGGGUGGGCAACCUCUGCUUUGCCCUCAGAUAUGGGGUGGGGGGAUGUCACCUCAGCACUUGAGGGCGCAGUGGGGGAAUGGACCAGGGGUCCAGGAGGCCCCUCACUGAUCUGAGAGACUAUGCAUUCCCCAAGUGUCCCUAGCUCUUCAUAUGUCCAGAUAGAAAGGUUGACUGAAGCUCAUGGUUGAGGUGCUUAUGGUGGGUGGUUGGGUUUUGUUUGUUUGUUUUUGUUUUUGUUUUAUUUUGUUUUGUUUUGCAUUUGGAUAAUUCCUGUUAUGGCUCCUUUUCUCUUUGGGUGUGUGUGAUUAAAUAUUGAUGAUAAAAGUUUUCUCUUAGUAAACAAAUGAAUGCCUGCCUCCUCUGCGGUUUUCCCCAGCCCCCAGCCCCCACCCUUCCCCAAGCCCUGACCGUCUCAACACUUCUGCAAGUGUGUUUCCACGGACCACCACCAAAUCAGGGUCCCCAAGGGUGGGAGGUGGAGGGGACUUCUUAAAUAGGUAGAUCCUGGACUCCAUCCAGAACUACUGAAGCAGAAGUUCCAGGGAUGAGCCCAGGAAUCUGAGUUGAAACAAGCUCCCGUGUGAUUCCUAGAGGAACUAAAGCUGAGAACCAUUGGCUUAUGUGGGCAGGGGGAAUAGGGGGGUCAGGUAAUUCUGACCGUGGAACUGACUUCCUCUCUGACUCUCACAGGAUCAGGUUCAUCUCUUUGCAUUUCUCUUUUGACUUUGCCAAAAGGUCAGAGCCAGUCUGGGCCCCCCACACCUGGGUGGGAUGGAGGCGAAGGUGGAAGAGGGUAGGGGACAGGAACCUGUAUCCACAAGCACCUGCUAAGUGUCAGGGACACUGUGUGUGUGUUUCAUUCUUUGUUCACAGCAAUGACAUUAUUAUCUUCAUUUUAUAGAUAAGGAAGUCCAGGCCCACAGAAGUUAAGUACCUUUACUGAGGUCACACAGCUAAUCCAGCAUUCCAGCUGAGGUUUAGGGAAUGCCAAAGUUCACAUACUUUCCACUGUCUUACCCCAGUUGUUCCUUCAGACUAAACAUCCUGGCUCAUCAGACUGUCUCUGGAGGAGGGGUUCUAACUGACCCUGCUUGCUAGUCAGACACUUCAGAAUAAGACACGGAAGAUGACACAAAGGGACCUUCUCGAACUAUUGUAGAAACAACUCCCGUAGUCUCAGCUCUCUAAGAAUCUUGGACAGAUCUUCUUAUGGGACAGGUAAUACAGGCCAAUUAUGCGUGACCCCAGAAGUAAAACCCAGACUUCUGGUUGGAGGACAUUUACUCUGCCUCUGCCCUAUUCCUGAACUGAUAUUCCCCAAGAAGUCCCACCUGGGGAAAUCUGUUUGGAGUCCCCUCUGAGGCAAGGGGUGUCCCCUGCUGAGGUGGAGAGAGGGGUUUCUGAUGGGACAAGUUCCUUUCAUUUGAUUUAUAAGAAGAACUCCACUUCUUCCACUUUAUUUACUAAUUUUUUUUUGGAUUAAAAAAAAGAUUCAAAAACACCUAAAUGUGUGGAAGCUAUUUUGUCAUGAGAAUAGCAUAUUUGAUCUCAAGGCAUAAGAAAAACUAUGAGCAGUUCUUUGGAAAGUGCAGGCCUUCUGAUGCUUUCAGAAUGUGCUGUGCUGGGGAUAUUAUUCCCCUGUGACAGUGGGAGGACCAAGAUCUUUCUUAGUAUAUUACUCCCCUAGUCUCUGCCUCCUGGCCUUGGAGGAUCCCACAGGAGUUGCAUGCUGGGCACACCACAGUCUAGAUCUGAGUUUGAGUGGAGGUAAAACCAAGUCGAAGGGCCACUGGAUCUGCUCUGAGGAGGGAAGGGA